AUGACAGUCGAAGGAAAGAUCAUGUCGUCGUCAGAAGAGGGAGGUCAGCUAAGCUAUGAUGUUUCGUGCUCUAAUCCCAGAAGCAGCAAGGAGCAAGACUUCCAGCCCACACCGCAGAUUGGCAGCCCGACUGCGCUAGGCAUGGGUGUGUUCGCAAUUGCCUUCACCACUCUAUCGAUGAGUCUCAUGGAAUGGCGAAGCGCAGCCAUUACCAAUGCCUAUAUUGGUAAUUGCUUUUUUACAGCGGGCUUGGGCUUGGUGUUGGUGGCUCAAUGGGAGCUCGUGCGCGGAAAUUCCUUCGGUCAUACUGUCUUUGGAGGUUUUGGUUUGUUCAACUUGGCUUUCGGGGCGAUCAGUGCACCGGCCUUUGGAGUGGCAGAAGCCUUUAAAGACGAACCCGCCGCGUUGAAUAAUGCGAUUGGAUAUUUCAUGCUCGUAUGGGGAAUAUUCGUCCUUUUCUUUACCAUUGCUGCAAUGCCCAUGAACUUUGUGUACACGGCUAUGCUUGGAACUUCCCAAAUCACAUACACCCUGUUGGCCGCCUCGUAUUUUGCGUUCGCUGAUGAUAAGGCAUCUACUGGACUCGCUCUGAAGAAGGCUGGGGGUGCAUUCGGGUUUGUCUCGGGGCUGUUAGCCUGGUACACAGUCGCCCACCUGAUGUGUCAGGAUGCGCUCCUAUUCUCGUUUCCCCUAGGGGAUACAAGUCCCUUGUAUGCGCGCCUGCGCCGGCAGAAGAGAUGA